AUGGACGAUUCCGCGCCCGCGCCUCGAGUGAAUGGGGAGAGUCUGGAACGAUUUCAAGGGAAAAAGGUGCUCGUCGUGGGCGAGGUCGCGCCCGUGGACGCGCAGCGGGCGACGCUGAAGACGACGGACGAUAAGACGAUCACGGUCACGCUCGCGGAGGGUGGUGAGUUCAAGUCGAAGUACAUCGAGUUUGAGGCCACCGUUGAUGGACCUAUGUCGGUCACGGAGUGCUCUCGCGUGGAGUUCGGCGACGAUUUCGAUACGUUUUCGUACGGAGAGCUCGUCAAGCUGAUCAAUACCAAGUCGAGAGAUUUGUUCUAUUAA